CGGCUCGCAGCGCGCCCCGUACCCUGGAGGUCACCUUCUUUCCACUUUCCCUCGGGUCCGCAGGCGGAGCCUUCGCGGAGCUCCGCGGGCUUUGGCUGGGCCACCCGCGUCUCGUGGCUGUCAAUAAAGCUUCCCUCCCCUUGUGCGAAGCUCAAGAUGGCGGGCUCGUGGUCGCCCUUGGGUCCCCUGCGCUCCCUAGCGCGGAGCCGGCUGAGAGGGAGAUGUGUUGGGUGCGGGGCCCGGGCCGCCGCUCUCCUUCCUCCUGCCUCGGGCCGCGGGAAGCCCCUUUGGAAAGCCUAUACAGUUCCGGCAUCUGAGAGUAUAAUCCCAACGCCUGCUUCUGAAGCCCAUUCGAAAGCUUUGGCUGGUUGCCGUGGACCUCUGGACCACUAUGACUUUCUGAUCAAAGCUCAUGAACUGAAGGUGGAUGAGCAUCAAAGAAGAGUUGUGCAGUGUUUGCAAAAACUACACGAGGACCUUAAAGGAUAUACUAUAGAAGAAGGUCUCUUUUCAAAGCUUUUCUCAAGGACUAAACCUCCAAAGGGCCUAUAUGUUUAUGGAGAUGUUGGUACAGGGAAAACAAUGGUGAUGGACAUAUUUUAUGCUUAUGUGGAAAUGAAGAGGAAGAAACGGGUCCAUUUUCAUGGGUUCAUGCUAGACGUACACAAAAGAAUACACCGCCUCAAACAAAGUUUGCCAAAAAGGAAAGCAGGGUUCAUGGCUAAACCGUAUGACCCAAUUGCCCCCAUCGCUGAAGAAAUCAGCCAAGAAGCAUGUCUCUUAUGUUUCGAUGAAUUUCAGGUCACCGACAUUGCUGAUGCCAUGAUUCUGAAGCAGCUUUUUGAAAAUCUGUUCAAAAAUGGGGUCGUGGUUGUGGCCACAUCCAACAGACCACCGGAAGAUCUCUAUAAAAAUGGACUCCAGCGGGCUAACUUUGUACCAUUUAUAGCUGUCCUGAAGGAAUAUUGUGAGACAGUCCAGCUUGAUUCUGGGAUAGAUUACCGGAAAAGGGAACUCACUGCUGCAGGAAAAACCUACUACCUCACAAGUGAAGCUGAUGUGGAGGCUGUCAUGGAUAAGUUGUUUGAUGAGCUGGCUCAGAAACAAAAUGAUUUAACUAGAGCAAGGAUUCUACAAGUGCAAGGCCGAGAGCUGCGGCUGAAUAAAGCCUGCGGAACGGUUGCCGACUGCACAUUUGAAGAGCUGUGUGAGAGACCACUUGGAGCUAGUGACUAUUUGGAACUAUCAAAGAAUUUUGAUACAGUAUUUUUACGAAACAUUCCUCAGUUUUCCCUGGCAAAGCGGACUCAAGCUCGAAGAUUCAUAACUCUCAUUGAUAAUUUUUAUGAUUUCAAGGUGCGCAUAAUUUGCUCCGCAGCGGCUCCUAUAGCAAGCUUAUUUCUGCAUCAACAUCAUGACAGUGAGUUGGAGCAAAGCAGAAUACUGAUGGAUGAUUUGGGGCUGAGCCAGGACUCGGCAGGACUCUCCAUGUUCACCGGAGAAGAGGAAAUCUUUGCAUUUCAGCGCACAAUCUCCCGGCUCACAGAAAUGCAGAAUGAACAGUACUGGAUCGAAGGGGACAGGAGCCAGAAAUAACUGUCACUUUCAGAUGAAUAAAAUGAGGCAAAUGGUUAACCCAGGGAGAACUCUGCAUUGUGCGGCUUGAAGGAAUCAUUUUCUCAUCAUUAAUUAUGUACUUUGUCCUUGGACCACUUUCAUCUCAAAUUGCUGUCGAUGAUAUAGUGGAUUAGUCAGCUAAAGACUUACCACUUUUAUGGAUCUACUUUUUUGCCUAUUUAUUUGGCCUAAUUUCUGCAUCUUGAAGUGAAAAUCGUCACACCUGAAGAUUACCAUAAAACCUGAUGCCUUAAACACACAGUCAAAACAGCAUGUCCAGAUGUCACCCAGCUUUGACGGAUGGUGCUUACACCUUAGGAACAUGUCUUUUAUAGGAAAGAGGAAAAUGCCUACAUUUCAAUUCAUGACAAAGAAAGCUGUCUCACCUUAUUUUAAACGGGAGGGAAUAACAUCUUAGAAUAUCGGCUGAUGUAGGUGUUUUUGUUUUCUGUUUGACUAUGAAUUAUAUUAAAGUCCUCAUUCCGGAGAGAGUAUGUUUCCUAACCCUGAGAUCGAGGUUGGCAGGCUACCUGAUCAUGUGAGGACACAGUUGCCUGGGAAAAAGGAGGAUAAUACACCGUCAAGGAAGGAGCAAGUAUGAAAUUCCAACUGGCAGGCAGAUCUGGCCUCUGAAAGACGAUGUGGGAGGGUGGGUACCAGGAAAGGGACCAGUGAGACUCAGUGUCCAGGAAAUAGCCACAGCACUAGCCGCAGAGCAGACAGCUACUUACCUACCUCCCCGAGGCCAGCUGACCCUGGACAGCGUCUCCUGCCCACUGUGCACCCACACCGCUCUCAUCUCAGACAGCCGCUGCGACCUGUGCUCUCAGUCGGCACAGCUGGAAUCAGCAGUAAAUAGGAAAGAACACUUGGCAAAUCUUUAGUAAAUAAAAGCUGAUUCUGGGCUGGAGGGAUGGCUUAGCAGUUAAGGUGUUUGCCUGCAAAGCCAAAGGACCCAGGUUCAAUUCCCCAGGACCCACAUGAGCCAGAUGCACCACAGGGCGCACACAUAUGUUU